AUGGGAAAGAAGUCCUUAAAGCGGGAGCGAGAUAAUUCCAAUGGAGGUAGUGCGCCUUCGACUCCUGCAAAGCGACGUCGACAGGUCAACGAGGACAGUAUCAAAACCUCGAAGCUCUAUGAGGACCUUGCUGCGGAAUCGGAUGAAGUGCGGCUCGGGGCGGCGAAGCAACUAAUUCUGAAGUUCUCUCCACAAAACAGACCAUCUUCAUCUGCGGCAGGGCAAGCUCUAAACCGGCUCAUACGCGGGCUUUGCAGCCAACGAAAAGCUGCGCGAAUUGGUUUUUGUGUUACUCUUACGGAGCUACUUCGCCAGUUGUUCGUUCAGCACAAGGACUCAAUCGAAGGCCUGAGCCUUGAUGUCAAUGGAAUAAUUGAUUUAGUUGAAGAGAAGACGAAGAUUGAAGGCAAUGUUCCGGGUCAGGAAAGAAGGGAUCAUCUAAUUGGCCGGCUCUUCGGCUACAAAGCUGUCAUCCAGUCUUCAAUACUCAUUGAGCCCGAGCUAUCACUGGAAUGCUGGAAUACGGUUCUCGACCGCAUCUUCGGAAUGGCCCGUGACAUCCCCUGGCUUCGAGAGGAAUGCGGGAUGAUUCUGUGUGAAGCCGUGAAGAGUUUUCGUUCCAAACCUGCUCCGGAACAAUGUAUCCAGGAAUUAAUGCAGCGUCUUGCAUCUUUCCAGCUGCUCAAUACCCCGGAGGGAGUUGCUAUCUGGCUUACAGUACAGGUCGCCUUUCCAGAAGUAGUGCUUUCUGAGCAUGUCUGGCACAAAAAGGAUCCUCUAUCCAAGAGAGAGAGAUCAAGACUUGCAAAAAUUUUGAAAGAGGAUUUUGGUAACAUGCUAGAAGCUGGAACUGGUGGGACAAUCAAGUCUGCCGCGGCCAAUCCAAACCCACUAUUUGCAUGGGAUGUAGUACUGGCGGAAGUGCUAGAACGGGAUGAGAGGCAGAGAUCCAGAAAUGAUCACACUAGCAAACUCCAAUUCCCUCAAUUUUGGAUUGAUACUGUGGACAGUAACUUAUUAUCAUCGACAGCAUCGCACGAGCGUAAAUCCUGGGCAUUUAAACUCUUCGCGAAAUUGAUUACCAGCGCUCCUACUUGGGCAAUUCCAUCACUUUUCAGCCCAAAUAUGAUGCGUUCUCUAGUCAAUCAAAGCAAGAAGGGGGAACGAUUUCUACAUGCAGCUGCACUUGCCUCUCUUAAAGCAAUCCAAUUUAGAGUGGAGCGGGAACCGAGUUCCGCUGCUCCUAUCUUCCUCGCUCUAACCUCGAAGAAUGGCAAUCUUGACUUUGACAAGAUAACGAGGACUAAGACACUUGAGCAAAUCAUGCUUUCUGCUGAUGAUCCGACAUUAGCAACAAUCGUUCGGCAACUUGAGUCGCUCGUGCUUCGCCCUGGGACUCAAGACCAGGUCACUGCAGACUUGCGACGCCGAUAUAUUGCAGACAUGCUUCUGAAUGUCGUGAGAGGCUAUAGACAUUACAAUAACACUAAAUCUAGAAUUGAUGAGGACGGAUUCUGGCUUCGCAACAUCUUGAUCAUUCUGGUCGAGAACGGAUACUUCGUUCCUGUCUCUGCGGCAAAAUCAACCAAGAAUCCACUACCUCCAAUAAGUGAGCCCAGUCGGAAGAUGUUCCAGGAGCGGCUCUCCUCCUGCCUAUCUCGGCUUCUGGGGAUCGACAAUGAGACCGGCGUCUCAUGUGCCUUGUCGAUCGUAGGAAUGAUUAGGUUUCGAGCUCUCAACUCCAAGAGCCUAGAUGUAGCGCUCCAAGCAGAUGAGACAGUGGCAAAAACGAUCGAUAAAGCCUUCAAAACACUAGGCGCUAUUGCUAAGAAAGUUUCAAUAUCUGGCAAGAAAGCUUCUGCAGAAGGUUUUAUUCUUCUCUACUCACUUGCUCUUCUCCAAGUCUACGACGGAGAUGGAGACGCGGUCUUGAUGCUCAACGAUCUUGACGUAUCCCGCAAGUCUCUGUUAAAGGCUAAGACACAGUCUACAGAACAAGGUCAUGAUUCUUUCGUGGAGAUCUUGCUAACAUUUCUCGGAAAUCCUCGUGCACUCUUUCGAAAGAUAGCAGAACAAGUUUUCACAAUCUUCGUGUCUGAAAUCACGCUAGAAGGAUUGCAAUCAUUGACAGAUAUCCUAGACACAGAAGAGAAUCUUGCUGGCCAGAGAGAACUAUUUGCACAAGGCGAUGAAGAAGCGGAGGACGCCUCUAACGAUGACAGUGAGGACGCUUCAGACAUCGAAAUGGUUGAAGGGGAACCAGCCGAUCUCGAUAAGGGCGAACCGGACAGCUCUAACUCUGGAUCAACGAGCGAGUUAGACAGUGGCGAGAGUGACGAGAACUCAGACGACAAUGAAGACGAAGAUGACGAGGAACUAGCACAGUUCGACAACUUGCUAGCCCAGGCACUUCAAACUUCCAAACCUACUCCAAAUGGGGAUGCCGCUGAUGAGCCCUCGGAUGACGAAGACAUGGAUGACGAGCAAAUGAUGGCUUUGGAUCCUCACCUGACAAAAAUCUUUCAGGAGAAGAACAAGACGGCAAGCAAGAAAAGGCAACGGGAAGGUGCAAAACAAACUGUUGUUCAAUUCAAAUCCCGCGUCCUCGACCUUCUCUCCAUCUUCAUGGAGAAACGAUACUCUGACCCGCUUACGCUCCAAGUUCUUCUUCCGGUAUUGCGUCGCACCCGACCCAGUGGGAACAAGCAGGUGGCAGACAAGAGCUGGAAAUUAUUAAAGAGCUAUUUCGAUUCACGUGCGCACCACAAAGCGCCUCUACCAAAGCCAGAUAGCCAGGAUGACGUUUGGAAGGUUCUGAAGGGAAUUCAUGAAGAAAUCAAGUUAGGGGCCGGGUCAAAUCUUCAUGCGAUGGCUUGCAGUAAGGCCAGCCUGCAUGUAGUCAAAAUAUUGGUGGGCCUUGACAAGGGCAAUUAUUCCGAGGUAGUCGACGUGUACUCGAGAAGCCAGAAGGAAUGGUUCAUGGACCCGAAGUCUACGAUCCAGCCUAUCCUGUUCACAGAUUUCCAGAACUGGUCAGUGACAGCACAGAAGCAACAAAAGGAACGGCGAUCCGAUGCGCAGGACAGCAAAUCGGAGCAAUUUGUGGUUGCCCCACCAAGCUGUGGCAGUGGUAGCCUACUCGGGCGUCAUUCGUGUGCGCCAGCUACUUCUUUAACGAAGCUCCCCCCCCGCUGUCACAGCUGUCAACCCGUCAACCCAAACGACCCAAGGCUAUAUUCCUUCACCCCUACUCUCACUCAUCUGCACAUAAAUUUCACGACCUCAGUAGCUAGGAAUAGGGCAGAGAUGGCCUGUAUCCACGUCGACGCUCCCGGCAAGUGCCCCGCCUUCUGCUACCUAGAACUUCACCUGCCCGGGGCGACACAGUCUGUCUACCGUGAGGACUGCACUCAAUGCUUCGAUUCCAUCGUAAGAGCCCUGGAUGACCCUAGUGGGCUUGAUGUUUGCCUCUACUGCUUCAAUGGCGGUUGCACCGGCGAGAGGAACCACUCGCUCCUCCACUUCUCCUCCACCGACCAUCCACUAGUCGUGAAUAUCAAGCGAACACGGAAGAAGGUCAAGCGUGACGAGCCACCGCAGAAAAUCUCCAAGCUCGCCAUCGCGGCUGAGACCGAGGCCGACCGCUACGACACCACCACGCAGGUCAAAUGUUACGAGUGUGGAGUCGACGAUGUGGGCAAGAGCGGGAAGCUGUCUGAAGUUGUCGAUGCAGUCCUGAAGGCGAGUACCUUCGCUCGUCAAGAGGAAGUCAAGGCCUGGGAGCAGGAGUUGACAGCCUGCGAACACACGCUCUGCCUUGAGCAGGAUACGACUAGGCAGAUCGAGUCGCAGAGCUUAGGGCACUGUUCUAAGUGUGAACUGAAAGAGAACCUUUGGCUGUGCCUCACGUGCGGCAACUUGGGCUGCGGUCGCGCUCAGUUUGGAGGAAUUGGCGGGAACUCUCAUGGAGUAGCACACACGACCGCCACAGGACAUCCAGUUGCCGUGAAACUUGGGUCUCUCACCGCUGACGGAACUGCCGAUAUAUACUGCUAUUCUUGCGACGAGGAGCGAGUCGACCCUGAGCUACCAAACCACCUACUCCACUGGGGAAUCAACAUCAAAGACAGGAUCAAGACAGAGAAGAGCUUGACUGAGAUGCAGGUCGAACAGAACCUCCUCUGGGAAUUCUCAAUGACGACAGAGGAUGGAAAGGAGCUCAAGCCACUUUUCGGACCAGGCUUCACUGGGCUGAAGAAUUUGGGAAACAGCUGCUAUCUUGCCAGCGUGCUGCAGAGUCUGUUCUCUAUGCCAGAGUUCGUUGAGCGAUACUAUCUUCCGGGAAAGGCUCCCCCAAGCGCACCUCAUCCUGCAGAAGACCUUGAAACUCAACUUCGGAAAGUUGCCGAUGGACUACUCGCUGGCCGGUACUCCAAGCCCGACAGCGACGUCACCGUAUCCGAGAAUACAGCGGAGAAUCCGCACCAAAAAGGUCUCGCACCGGCUAUGCUGAAGCAUUUGAUCGGACGAGGACAUGCUGAGUUCUCUACGAUGCGGCAGCAAGAUGCUUUCGAGCUUCUACUCCACCUGCUCAAGCUCAUCUCGCGAUCCCAACACGUCGCUCCCCAAACAGACCCUGUUGAUGCAUUCAGAUUUGUCAUGGAACAACGGCUGCAGUGCAUUUCGUGCAAGAAGGUCCGGUAUCGUACAGAUGAGAACGAGAACAUUACAAUACCCGUACCAAUCCGAAGGAUCCCAAAAGAUGACAGAAUGGAGGUCACAGAUGAUAAGGGCAAGGAGAAAGACAAGGAAGAAUUCGAGUCUGUUACUUUGAAAGAGUGCCUCGACAUCUUCACAGCUGAGGAGCACGUCGAGCUUGAUUGCGGUUCCUGUGGAAAUAAGGCCGGUUUCACAAAGAAGACCCUCUUCAAGACUUUCCCGGCAGUCUUAGCCGUCAAUGCUCGCCGAUUCGAGCUGGUCAACUGGGUUCCAACCAAGCAGGACGUCCCUGUCAUUGUUGGUGAUGGGCCAUUCUCUUUCGAUGCGUACAUAUCGAAGGGUCUGCAGGCUGGUGAGGAACUUCUUCCGGAGAACUCGGAUUCUAGUAAGUGGGCUCCAAACGAAGCAGCUCUUUCCAUGCUUGAAGCAAUGGGCUUUCCACGAGUUCGAUGUGAGAAGGCUCUUUAUGCAACUGGUAAUGCGGAUCCGGAUGCGGCAUCUAACUGGUUGUUCGCACACAUGGAAGACCCAGGUAUCGAUACUCCGAUGGAUUUCAACGCUGAGAGUGGGCCUGGGGCUGGCCCUUCGACUGCAGUCGAUCCAGAAAAGAUUAAUUCCUUGUGUAGCAUGGGGUUUAAUACCCCUCAAGCUAAGCAGGCUUUGAAGGAAACCGGUGGCGACGUUGAGCGGGCUGUGGAGUGGCUGUUCAGCCAUCCAGAUGCUCCAGGCGAUUUCGACGAAGGGAACGGUUCAUCAGAGCCUAAGAAGACGACGGAGCCUGGCAGUGACAAGUUGCCAGCCAACUUCCAGCUCCACUCUAUCGUCUGUCACAAGGGAAGCUCUAUCCACGCAGGACACUAUGUUGCAUUCAUCCGAAAGCAGAUUCCUAAUGAAGGAUCUACGUCAUGGAUCCUGUUCAACGACGAAAAGGUAGCCAAAGCAGGGGACGUGGAGGAGAUGAAAAAGUUUGCGUACAUCUAUUUCUUCAGGCGUUUGUAG